AGAAAAUCCUUUUCUUACAUUAUAAUAUGAGUCAUAUAGUCAACAUCCAAGACCAAGUUUCUCCUCCAAUUUGAUCGCAUCCUAGAUAGCUCAUUGUCCAAUUUCAAUUUCUUGUGCAUAAUUGACGAAACGCGUCCUAAUUUGUUGUGCUUCGUCAAUGCUUCUUCCAUUAAAUAUAAACGUAAUACAAAGUGAGAAAAAUGCCACUGUUUCCUACCUACAAAUUAAGUUGCUAAUGCCCAGGAAAUGUUGGUCAAAGCUCUGCUUCUCUUCCUCCUCUUCCGAUUUUGCGAUUCCAGGGACACCUUAACAUGGAACCAAGAACAACUGAAGGAUGAUGGUGGAGUUCUUGUGUCCAAACAGAGCAAGUUCGAGUUGGGUUUCUUCAGCCCCGGAAAUUCUAGCUACCGGUAUAUUGGAAUUUGGUAUUCUCAGACUAAAGUAUCUGAGAAAACAGUGGUGUGGGUUGCAAACAGGAACAAUCCCAUCAAUGAUACCUCUGGUGUGCUCAAAAUAAACAGGUAUGGAGAACUGACCCUUUAUGCUUAUAACAUGAACAGCACUCCUGUUUGGUCCACCAAUGUGUCACGGCCGGUCCAGAAUAAUAACGCAAGCACUUUUUCUGCACAGCUUUUAGAUGCAGGAAAUUUAGUUGUGUUCCAGGAUGAUAAUAAUGAAAUCUAUGUAUGGCAAAGUUUUGAUUAUCCUACAGAUACUCAAAUUCCAGGUGUGAAAGUCGGGGUGAAUUGGAAAACUGGGCUAGAAUGGGUUUUAACAUCUUGGAAGUCACAAGAUGACCCUGGACUUGGGGACUAUACCUUUAGGCUUUAUUCAGAUCAGACUGCCGUCCCCCAAUAUUUUAUAUAUAAAGGUUUGAGCAAGUAUUGGCGAAGUGAUUCAGGGCCAGAGGGUCCUUUUGUCACUAAUCAAGAGGAAACUUAUAGUUUCCUAAAUUACACCAAUGCAAUUACAAGAACGACGUUGACCGAUUCUGGUAGGUUACAUCGCCUUACAUGGGAUAAUGGUGGCCUUCAAUGGAAGGAAGACUAUUCUGCACCGAAGUCCCAGUGUGAGUGGUAUGGACAGUGUGGUGCCAACAGCAAAUGUAGUCCUGACAAUAUUAAUGUGUUUGAGUGUGAAUGUUUACCAGGGUAUGAGCCUAGUUCUAUAAAUGAUUGGAAUCAGAAAAAUGGGUCGGGUGGAUGUGUGAGUAAGCGAGUUGGUGUAUCAAAGUGCGGGAAUGGAGAUGGGUUUGUGAAUGUGGCAAGAGUUAAAUAUCCAGACACAUUAAUAGCAUCACGGUUGAGAACAGGUAUGAGUGCCAAAGAGUGUGAGCAGGACUGCUUAAGAAAUUGUUCUUGCACCGCAUAUUUGAGCAUCCAACAUGAAGGGCUUGUGGAUUGCUUGACAUGGUAUGAUGACUUGAUGGACAUUUUAGUGUACACACAGCGUGGACGAGAUUUAUACGUUCGUGUGAAUAAAACAGAGUUAGCUGCAUAUGCAGGAAGAUCACAAGUUUUCUUGGAAAGGAGGGGUAUGCUAGCUAUUCCAAUAUUGUCUGCUCUACUGGCAUUGGUACUAAUCAUUAUGCUUGGUUGUUGGUGGCGUAAGAAGAACAGGAACACAAAAGGCAUAGACUUUGUGGAGGCAGAGGAGCUUGAGGAAACUCAGAGACACCCCGAAUUGCAAUUUUUUGAUCUUGACACAAUAAUAGCAGCCACAGACCACUUCUCUCCUGUCAAUGAACUUGGCCAUGGUGGUUUUGGCUCUGUUUAUAAGGGUCAGCUACCAAAUGAACAGAAAGUUGCUGUGAAAAGAUUGUCCAAAACUUCAGGACAAGGGAUUGAAGAAUUCAAAAAUGAAGUUGCACUUAUAGCAAGACUUCAACACAGGAACCUUGUGAAACUUUUAGGCUGUUGUAUAAAGGGAGAAGAAAGGAUGUUAGUCCUAGAAUACAUGCCUAACAAAAGCUUGGACUCCUUUCUUUUUGAUAACACAAGACGGUCCUUCUUGGAUUGGGAAAAGCGCUUUGAAAUUAUCAACGGGAUUGCUCGUGGGAUUCUAUAUCUUCACCAAGACUCAAGAUUGAGGAUUAUCCAUAGAGAUCUAAAAACUAGCAAUGUUCUACUAGAUGCUGAGAUGAACCCAAAAAUUUCUGAUUUUGGCAUGGCUAGAAUAUUCCACGGGGACCAACUGCAAGAUAAGACGAACCGAAUUGUUGGAACAUAUGGCUACAUGUCACCGGAGUACGCGGUAUUUGGAAGAUUUUCCACAAAAUCUGAUGUCUUUAGUUUUGGGAUCAUAAUGUUGGAGAUUUUAAGUGGCCAGAAAAACAAUGGUUUUGAUCUGGAGGAUCCUUCCAUGAACUUAAUAAGAUGUGUUUGGGAGCUCUGGGAAGAAGGCAGAGCCCUAGAUAUUGUGGAUUCGACGCUGAAGUCAUAUCAGCCUAAUGAAGUCAUGAGAUGCAUACAAGUUGCACUCUUGUGUGUACAAGAAGAUUCGAAGGACCGACCUGCCAUGUCAGCCAUUGUUUUCAUGUUGAGUGGUGAAGCAUCUCCUCCAUUGCCUAACCAGCCGGCAUUUGUUUACAGAAGAAAUUCCGGCACUGAUGUUUAUCCAUUACUUUCAAACAGAUCUUAUUCUAUAAACGAUGUGACAGCAUCUACAAUGGAAGCUCGAUAACGAUGCAAACUUAAAAAUUAUUCAGUAACAAGUUUCUGUUACAAAAUUCUUGAAAUCAACACAAUAGAAUAGCAGAAGCCUCCUAGGCAUUUCAACAA